AGUACGCUCUGUUGGUCGAUCAUCCCCCUUCCCGCGCGCUCUGUCAAUUCCCGGCGCUUCACAUUCCGCUCCGCUCGGUACUUUUUCCCCGUGCGCCUUUCUGCUUUCGGUGGCUUGACGAGGGCCGUUGGAUACGAAGAGGGAGGCAUCACCGGUCCUUUAUCCAGCAUACAAGCAGGCGAUAUAUUAUCAGUCACAUCCUGCCACUCUGUUCAGCAUGGUUCGAGGACGGAGAUCGAGUAAUCUGGGUGCGGACAUCCGCGGUGACACUGGCGCACCGGCCAUGUCUACCAUGAACGAAGUCAGCCCAAUUGAUGCUGAAGCCCCGAACUGGGACAAGGUGCUGCAGUCCAGUGCCUCCGAUGACAAGUCGACUAAGCCGCCUGCGAAACGCCGCAAGAAGUCCUCUUUGCGCCGCUUCAAGGAUGUUUGCCUGAAGCACACCUGGCUUCUGCCGUUGCUGAUCCUCAUUGUUCUUCUGUUCCUGUAUGCGAUCAACCCGACAAAAUCGAAUCCGCUGCACAGCGCCAUCUUCCUGUCCUACCCGCAGCCCCCGAAGUACCCCGGCGGUCCGAUCAUGUACGGCAAGGGCCCCAAGGAUAUUGCUUUCGUCUCCUUCUACACGGUGGUUUUGUCAUUCACUCGUGAAUUUAUGAUGCAGCGCUGGAUCCGACCCUUUGCGGUAUACUGUGGCAUUCGCGGAAAAGGCAAAACUGCUCGGUUCAUGGAGCAGGUGUAUACAGCUAUCUACUUCGGAAUCUUUGGUCCCUUUGGUCUGUACGUCAUGUACAGAUCAGACAUCUGGUAUUUCAACACUACGGCCAUGUUUGAAGGCUUUCCUCACCGGGAGCAUGAGGCGUUGUUCAAGGCCUACUACCUGCUGGAGGCGAGCUACUGGGCGCAACAGGCGAUUGUCUUGAUGCUUCAGUUGGAGAAGCCACGCAAGGACUUCAGGGAGCUGGUGGCACACCACAUCAUCACCUUGGCCCUGAUUGGGCUGAGCUACAGGUUCCAUUUCACUUACAUGGGUAUCGCCGUGUAUAUUACGCACGAUAUCUCUGACUUCUUCCUUGCCACAUCCAAGACCCUCAACUACCUCGACCACUGGAUCACCGCGCCGUACUUCGGUAUGUUCGUCGGCAUGUGGAUCUAUCUUCGCCACUACCUGAACCUGAAGAUCCUCUGGGCUGUUCUGACCGAAUUUCGCACCGUUGGACCUUUCGAGCUCAACUGGGAGACUCAGCAGUACAAGUGCUGGAUCAGUCAAUACAUCACCUUCACCUUGCUGGCCAGCCUGCAAGCUGUCAAUUUGUUCUGGCUUUUCCUGAUUCUGCGUAUCCUGAAGAACUACCUCAUCAGUGACAUCAAGAAGGACGAGAGAAGCGAUGACGAGGAUACGGAGGACGAGUUUCCUGUUCCCGAGGCAAGCAGCCAUGCCGCCAUCGCAACGGGCAUCGAGGAGCCGACCCUGAGUGCCCGCAGCAAAGAGAACAAGACCCCUCAAGUCCUUGUGAACGGUCAGCCGGUGAACAACAAGCACUAGUCAAUUGCAAAUGGCAGCAGAAUGGUCUCCUACUAUCUAGCUGCGGCGAAAGUGCGCAUUCCAGCGGUCCAUCCUGGGAUCGUGUAGCCCACCCUUGUGUGAGCUUGUCUAUAACUUUUAACAUUCCCGAGAACAUUUUAUGGCAUCCAUGUUCGUAACCCGUUUUUUUUUUUUUUUCAUUUUCCAUUUCUUUUUCGUGAACAAACCCGACAGUUGUAUUUUCUCCAUGUCUUCUUCCCUCUGCAUGGUCAUCAAGUGCAAGUGGGUGUAUGAGGGUAACGGCUGGCUUUGCAUGCACCGUGUUUUGUGGUGUCGGUCAUUUGGGCGGGCGUACCUGGGGAUGCAACUUUGAAAUGGAUAUAAACGAUGAAUCUGCCACGACUGCGCACUUCCUUUUUCUGUUUCUUUGUUUUCUUCUGAUGGCCGUGCGGAGAGCGGAUCUUUUCUUCCUUUUCCGGAGAAGUGAAGGGCGCAUU